AACCUUCUAAUAUACAUGACAUAAAUGCAAUAAAAGUUAUUGUAGAUGGUAUCCAUAAAGCCUAUAUGGCAAAGAAUGAAAAUGAAAGCAUUGAAGAUUUAAUGAAACGAUAUCCAACUUAUCAG